CGAGGCGCAGGGAGUUCGGAGCUCGCCGCCCCGCGUGGCUCUCGGCGCCGCCGUCUCCUGCCAGCUUUCCGCGCGUCCCCGCUUCGCUCGCAUCCCUGCAGCCGGCCCGGAACGCGCUCGGUCUCUCUGGGCGGAGUGUCCCCUCUGCGGCCCUGCGGCUAUGGCCACCAAGAUCGACAAAGAGGCUUGCCGGGAGGCGUACAACCUGGUGCGCGACGACGGUUCGGCCGUCAUCUGGGUGACUUUUAAAUAUGACGGCUCCACCAUCGUCCCCGGAGAGCAGGGAGCGGAAUAUCAGGACUUCAUCCAACAGUGUACAGAUGACAUCAGAUUGUUCGCCUUUGUGCGCUUCACCACCGGGGACGCCAUGAGCAAGAGGUCCAAGUUCGCGCUCAUCACGUGGAUCGGCGAGAACGUCAGCGGCCUGCAGCGCGCCAAAACCGGCACAGACAAGACCCUGGUGAAGGAGGUGGUGCAGAAUUUCGCUAAAGAGUUUGUGAUCAGUGAUCGGAAGGAGCUGGAGGAAGAUUUCAUCAAGACCGAGCUCAAGAAGGCUGGGGGAGCCAAUUACGACGCCCAGGCCGAGUAACCCCAGCCCUCCCCCUGCCCCUUGCCAAAGUCAUUUGCCUGCUCUCCAGGGGAGGGGACCUCGGCCUCAGCUACCAGCCCACCAGCCCACCAGCCCACCAGGGAGAGGAGAUGCAAUGAGAGGCAACACCCGCCACCCUGUCUGCAACCCAACUCCCCUUCCCUGCUUCCCUUCCGAGUCCUGCUAUGUCCUCUCUCGCAAAGCUCAUGGAACAUCUUUCUUUUAUCUUCUUUGUCUUUUGUCUCCCUCUUUCUCGUUCUGAAGAAGAAUCCUUGUGAUGCCCAGAUCACGCACAUCCUCAGAUCUGAGGCGCCUCCUGUGGUGACCCCCUUUCCUGGCCUUUCUCUUAGCCUGCCUGGCCUCCUCCGCCACGACCUCAUGUUGCUUCCACCAGGCCAGUGCUGCCACCUCCGUUUUCCUUGGCCGGCCACCUGCUUGCGGCUGAGGAGGCGGCUGCACCCGAGCCGCACCCUCGACGGCCGCCUCGGUCAGCACCCGCGCUCACCCUGUGGCAGGCCCAGACCUCCUCGAAUGUGCUCCAGGGUCCCCCCCACUUCCUUCAAAGUUGCCUAAGCUACAGAGAUGGUGCUCGGUGGUGGGAAGUCUAGGCCUGAUUCACACCGAAGGAAAAGAGAGAAAAGUUGCCUUAAAAGUUGCCUGGCAUUGGCUUCGCCGCAGGGCCUGGGACAGCCUGCUCCCGCCCUUUCGAUGGAAGUCUCGUUGUGGCACGAAGUGGGGGCCGAGGUCUGAGUCCAGAUUUGACAGGAGUCUUUCAGGGUUAACUUCGGAGGCCCCCAAAGCGAGGAGGACGCUAUGGGGAGAGGCCCGGGGUGCGGAACAGGAAUCUCGGUAGAGCUGGGAACUGAUGCUUUACGUUGGGGAAGGUCCUCUGCUGGCAGCAAGGACAGCGCGGGCCCGAGGGCCCUCUGCCACCCUCGCUGUGUGCGCAGGGAGGGGACCAGAACACCUGUGGUUUUAAUCCUACGUCUGCACCACACAGACAAAGGGUUUGUGUGGGGUUUUUUUCAAAGAAAGAUGAGAUUGGUUGGUUCUUCAUGAGCAUAUUUUAUAUUCUUUUUCUUUUUCCCUUGCUCAUUUCAUUUUGGGGGAGGAAGUCUGUGCUGUGUUGGGGUUGUGAAGGACAUCUGCACUCAAACAGUUUACAGAAAUAAAUGUGGUUUUUUGUUUUUCAAAAA